AUGCUUCCAUCACGAAUGUCCUCUCAAUCAAAUAAAAAUCUCCCGCAGAGAAAAUUUGUUCGCAUGUCACAACUUCCCGAAUCUCAUUCUGAUAAAAUACUAUUAGCACCGCCUAUCGGUAGUACUGCUCGUCGUCCUAUGGUUUUUGUAAUCUACUAUUCUAUGUAUGGUCAUGUAGCGAAAUUAGCAUCGAUGAUUCGGGUGGGUGUCGAACGUGCGGGUUGUAAUUGUCGCGUCUUUCAAGUAGCGGAAACGUUGUCGACUGAAGUUCUGACAAAAAUGCAUGUUCCAUCGAAAAACCAAGAGAUACCAAUUAUAACUCCGACGCAAUUGUUAGAAGCUGAUGGAUUUUUAUUUGGUAUGCCGACGCGUUUUGGCACAGCACCUACUCAAAUGAAAGCAUUUUUCGACGCAUGUGGCGCUCAUUGGCUUUCCGAUGCAUUGAGUAGCAAGCCGGCUGGUGUAUUUUUUUCCACAGCGACCUUAGGCGGUGGUCAAGAAACAACUGCACUUUCAUGUGUACCCUUUUUUACACACCUUGGUAUGAUUUUUGUGCCGCUCGGCUAUAAAAAUAAAUUACUAAUGAAUAUGGAUGAGAUUCACGGCGGAUCACCUUAUGGCGCUGGAACAUUAGCAGGCGCACAAGGUGAACGUCAUCCUUCGGAAUUAGAAUUGCAAAUUGCACAAACACAAGGAAUCGAGUUCGGUAAACUCGUUCUAAAAUUAGUAUCCGCGUGA